AUGGGACAAGCACCAGCAAUAACCAAUAUCGUUUUGACAUCGAUUGCACUGAUACUCUAUAUAGCAUCGUUUGCAACACCUUGGUACGUCAUCGAACCACAACUACUCAACAAGAUUAACUUUAAAUGGAAUGGUGCAACUUAUAAUGAAUUUAUGGGUGGUGUUACUGAAAGAUAUGAUUAUACAUCAUUAAAAUCAACAUUUACAACUACAGGUGCAUUAUUGGGUAUUAGUUUAGCAUCGGCCUUUUUCAAUCUAAUCUGUUUGAUUACACAUCUAUCGAAUAGUAAAAACACACGUAAAUCAUUGGUCAAUGUAUCACGUCUAUUUUCAUGGAUGGCCGUCACCUUUGCCGUCAUUUGUAUCAUCUUUUUCCCAAUCUCUUUUACCGAUAAUAUUCAAAAGGAGCCAUUUUGUCCGUAUGGUAAGUCGUCUGGCUACUAUUGUUCGAGUUUCUCUGGUAGUGGUAGUCCAACUGAUAGUAAUGGAUUUUCUUCAUUUGGUUCCUAUGGUGGAGGUCCUGGAUACUACUUGGUCAUUCCAAUCAUUGUACUCGAGUUGAUUGUCGUCGGCUUUUCUUUUGCUCUCAGACCACAUUCGUGUCACCAUGCCGAUGUUGCAAACACCAUUGUUCAUCCAAGAGCUACCCUCUCUCUUACUAAAGUGCAGCAACAACCAGUUGUUGGUGGUCUAUCACCAGUGGUCGCUCCAGGAGGUGGAGUAUACGUACAAUCUUCACCUGCUACCUAUGGAUACCAACAACCACCACCACAACAAUACGCAUACCCUCCACAAUACGGUCAACCAUAUGCUCAACCAGGUCAACCGUAUAUUCCUCAACCACCACAACAACAAUACGCAUACCCACCACAACCACAAUACGCAUACCCCCCUCCUCCUCAACAACAAGCACCUGCAGGAUACACCCAUUCUCCACCACCACCAUCCAAUUCAAAUACUAUUGGUAUUGAUUCAUCAAUCGAUCCAAAUAAUUUAAAGGAUUGUUAA